GAGCGUGUUUCGCUCUUCUCCAGACGCGGAGCUGACACCGGAGGAGCGUCACCAUGUUCGGUCACGGGAGCUAACGGCAGACCCCCUCAUGAAGGACACAAGCGGGACACGAGCUCAGCGCGUUUACACCGCUCCAGUGUUUGAGAGGGACUUUUAUACAGCGGCUUAUGCUUCUCAAAACGAGGAAAGUGAGAGUUAAGCUCGGAAAAGUUUUUCACAUUUCCCCCUUACUUGUAAAGCGGACUCGGAGCAGAGCAUGGCGCUGUCGCAGAUCCAGUGUCUGGACGAUAACCACGUGAACCCGCGUACGCACGAGUCCAAGCCGGAGUUCCUUUACUGUGAGGAGCAGCGGCACGCGCUCGAGACGCUGCUGCGUGAUGGGCGCGAGGCGUUUUUCAAACAGCUGGAGGAGCGCGGCCUGCGGGGCUUCCUCUCCGACCUGGAGCUGGAGGCUCUGGCGGGAACUGUGGAGCCUUUUGACCCGGGGGUCGACCUUUACCGGGAGGACCCCGAGUCCGAGGACCAACAGACCGCUCUGUCCCUGCACUACUGGCCCGACCUCUCGGACAUGUCCAUCCCGGAGUUGGACAUGGGCUGGCCGGACAGCGAGGCUUACCGCGGGGUCACGCGUACCACCGUGUACACGCAGCCUCCGCUGGAGGGACAGACGCACAUCAAAGAGGUCAUCAGAAAGAUGAUUGCGCAGGCGCAGAAAGUUAUCGCCGUGGUGAUGGACGUCUUCACCGAUGUGGACAUUUUCAGAGACCUGCUGGAUAUCUCGUUCAAGAAGAAAGUGUCGGUCUAUAUUCUGCUGGAUCGUGCCUCUGUACCUCACUUCCUGUCUAUGGUUCAGCGAGCCAACAUGCACAGUGGACAUCUCAAGAACCUCCGUGUCCGUUACUCAGGUGGAUCAGAAUUCUACACUCACUCCUGCACAAAGGUCAGAGGUCGCAUGGGUCACCGCUUCAUGUUCAUCGAUGGAGACAAGGCCGUGUCAGGCUCGUACAGUUUUACAUGGAUGUCCACCCGGCUGGACCGAAACCUCAUCACCGUGGUGACCGGACAAGCUGUGGAAGCCUUCGACCGUCUGUUCCGCUUCCUCUACACCUCGUCCUCCAGGCUGGUCAACCUGCGGCGAUUGGUGACCGAGCCAGAGCCGGAGCCCGACCCUGUACCGCAGCCUGCCUCUGUGCCAACACCAUCUGCUGAAGUUGCUAGGAAACUGUACAACCCCAAAUACGCUCUUGUUGCUGCUGGCAAUGCCAGCGUUAGUCCGGCUUCCACACCUGGCAACAACAGCCCUAAAGAGUCCCAGAAAGAUGCCAAAAACGAGGAGGCGACCAAAAAAAGGUGUAAGAGGAAGAGUAAGGAUACUUUACAUGAAGGUCCGCCCCUUCACCCUGGACUUGUGGAUUUAGAAAAAGUGUAUUUAUUCGACUACCUGCCUACAUGGCCUGAGCCCGACCCUCCUUCUGAUGUUAUUGGCUUUAUCAAUAUCCGCGACACGAGCAAACCUACCCAAGUUCACCUACAGCGUUCUGAGAUGUUUGAAGUAAGCCAGGCCAUCCGGUUUAGCAGUCCCUUUAACAAGCCGAAGGAAGCCCUACCAGAGGUUGCCAAGCCUAGAAACCUAAGUGCUUCUAAACAUGACGAGAAUUCAGCACAACCACAACAGAAAACACAUUUAGAUGCAAUUACUCCAAAGACUAAAAAUCUUACACAGUCGGUAUUUGAAAAAGAAAAUGCAAAAGCUCCAGGCAGAAAAACAUCUCCUCAGUCACCCGUGAACAAGAUUCACAGCGCCACGCCAAACUUACACACACCUCCAUCACCUGUUAAAACGGUGACAACUCCAGCUGCUAAUGCCGGCAGCCCCAAGACUGCGGCAAAAACGAACACACAGACAACAACUUUAAACAGCAAAAGCGCACUUCAAAACAUGAAUGCAAUGGAAACGAACCAUGCCCCUAAAGUAUUGGCCCAGAGUGACUCCAACUUGCAGAUAAAAACACAGAAGCAUAACUCUAAUGAAAAUACUUCUCCAGCUGGAUAUAUUCCUGUCACUUCUACCUCAGCUUCUGCCAAUUACCAAGUUUCCCAAGCUACCACGGUGCAUUCAACCUUGACGAGCACUGGCCCAGCAUUGACCACUAUUAGCACUUCCGCUUCAAAGCUUAACACAAAUUCCCCUAUAGCGCCUUCCCCUCCUAUUCCGAAGCCGCGCACAGUCCAACUGGUCAUUAAAGACAGCCCGAGCGAUGGUCAGAAAAUACCAGAGGUCAGCCUUGUAAAGAAAGCGGAUAUAGGGGAAAAGGUAAGCACAGUGGACAAUGAGACUCCUGUUGCAGUUGCGCUCACACCAAAAGAAACUGAGAAGGUUCCUGAGCUAGUCAACAAAAGCGGUAGCAAAUCGAUCCCGCCAAAAAGCACAGAGGACACUGCUGUAAAGAAUCAUUCCCAGGAACAAGAAAGCAAGACGUCCCUAGAGGUGCGGCGUAAAGAUGCAGGAGCCAAAGCAGAGUUGCAACUGUUAGGUAGCAGCAAAGAAAUGGAAAAGACAAACACUGAAGUUAGCAAGGAUCUAAUAAAAGCUCAUGUGAAUAAUGAUAAGGAUGCGCCAAAAAAGAAUGAGGUCAUUAUUAACUUACCGAAAGGUAGCAGUGACUUCCUGGAAAACAAGCCAGAAGGAAUUCUCAUAACUCGUAACAGCGACGUAGCUAAAGUGCAAAAUCAAGCUGCUAACAAAGUAGGUCAAAGUAGCCAUGAUAAGGUUAGUAUACCUCAGAAAAUAACAUAUUCUAGUUUGGAAGAAAAUAGAGACAUAUUAAAUUCCCCAACUAACAAAUCUCCAGUUUUAAAAAUGAAAUCAGAAAGCAUACCCACAGUCAAGGUAGAAGCUCAAGGUGACAUUUUGAAAGUUGAUGAAAGUGCGACGAGAACUGUGAAAUCUAACAGUCGCUCCCCUUCACCCUCACCUAAAGUCCCUAAAAAACCCUCACAUCUGCAACUGAAUAUCGCGCAAACAACAGAUUUAUUAACAUCUGACAAAGAAUCUAGAACUCGGACAUAUUCAGGUUCAGAAGAAAAUAAAGAUUUAUUAAAAUCUCCAACUAACAGGUCUCCGAUUUUAAAAACAAAAUCAGAAAGCAUACCCACAAUCAAGGUAGAAGCUCCAGGUGACAUUUUGAAAUUUAACGAAAAUGUAACAAGACCUGAAAAACCUAACAGUCGCUCCCGUUCACCAUCGCCCCAAGUACCUAAAAAACCAGCACAUUUGCAACUGGCAAGUUCAACAACAUCCGACCAACAAUCUCUACCUCGAAUAUCAUAUUCAAGUUCAGAAGAAAAUAUAAACGUAUUACAUUCCCCAACUAACAGGUCUCCAAUUUUGAUAAAGAAAUCAGAAAACACUCCCACAAUCGCUGCAGAAACGCAAAGUGCGAGAUCUAACAGUGGCUCCCCUUCAUCAUCGCCCAAAGUACCUAAAAAACCAGCACAUUUGCUCCUUAACAUCUCUCAAAGUUCAGAAGAAAAUAUAAACUUUUUUAAUUUCCCAAAUAACAAGUCUCCAGUUUUAAAAAAGAAAUCAGAAAACACUCCCAUAAUUGCUGCAGAAACGCAAGGUGACAUUUUAAAAGUUGACGAAAGUGUAGUUAGGUUUGCGAGAUCUAACAGUCGCUCCCGUUCACCAUCGCCCAAAGUACCUAAAAAACCAGCACAUUUGCAAAUGAAUAUUUCACAAACAAAAGAUUUAAUGGUAUUCGACGAUGAACCUCAAACUCGAACAACGCAUUCAGGUUCAGAAAAAAAUACAAACUUAUUACAUUCCCCAACUAACAGGUCUCCAGUUUUAAAAAUGAAAUCAGAAAGCAUACCCACAAUUGCUUCAGAAACGCAGGGUGACAUUUCGAAAGUUGACGAAAGUGCAGCAAGAACUGCGAAAUCUAACAAUCGUUCUCCUUUAGUAUCGCCCAAAGUACCUAAAAAACCAACAUAUUUGCCACCGAACAUCUCACAAACAAAAGAUUUAAUAUUGAACAAUGAAUCCCAAACUCGAACAACGUAUUCAAGUUCAGAAGAAAACAUAUUACAUUCCCCAACUAAGAGGUCUCCAGUUGUAAAAACAAAACCAGAAAACAUACCCACAAUCACUGCAGUCACUCAAGGUGACACGUUGAAAGCUGACGAAAGUUUGGCGAAAACUGCGAAAUCUAACAAUCGCUCACCUUUACAAUCGCCCAAAUUACCUAAAAAACCAGCACAUUUGCUGCUUAGCGUCUCUCAGAGUUCUGAAGAAAAUAUAAACUUAUUUAAUUCCCCAAAUAACAAGUCUCCAGUUUUAAAAAAGAAAUCAGAAAACACUCCCACAAUUGCCGCAGAAACGCAAGCUGACAUUUCGAAAGUUGACGAAACUCUGACGAGAACUGCGCAAUUUAACAAUCGCUCCCCUGUUCUAUCGCCCAGAGUACCUAAAAAACCAGCGCAAUCAAACUUGAACUCCUCUCAAACGACAACAGAUUCAACAACAUCUGAAAAAGAGUCUCGAAGUCUGUUAACUCAAAGAAAUAGCCCUCUUCUGGAUGGAUUUCCACUUCGCAUUCCAACCCCCGAUUCUCGACGAUCCCGCACUCCAGAAUUCCGAACCCCAACUUCGGAUAUAAGCGACGGGUGUGGCUCCACGACGUCCGAUGAGUUUUACGAAUGUAGCGACUCUCCUUUUCGUGAGACUAUUGAUCAGGUGCCAUUUUAUAGUCUCGAUCCUUUGGAAGAUAAAGAUAACGUCGUCAAUAGUCGCGGAAGUUACAAGGAGCAAGCUGCUAUGUUGAGCAACGACCGGACGAUGUCAAGUAGUGAGACGCUGAACUUGUCCAACAAAGGAUCGCAAUCUUCUAUUCUUGAAAAGAUGGAUGACGAGGAAAAGUUGACAAAGAAAAAUAUACAAGAAAGAGAAGCUAUAAGAAAACUAGACGACUUGUUAGACUUGCAAGAACUUGUUAACCAAGCUAAAAGUAAUGUAGCACCGAAUCAGUCAGUCGUGGUGGAGCAAAGUUUAACUCCAAAGCUAAAUAAUGAGGCGGCAGAGGCUAAGCGGACAUCGGCGCGUGAGCUGAAACCCAAAAAGGUGUAUUCCAGAGCAGAGAAACCAGAUAAAAUGCCCAUGGGUGGAGAGAAGACGGGACUUGGCACCAGUGGAGUAGAGAGAAGAGAAGCAGCACCUACGGCUAACAAGGAGCCCGAGGGACACAAGCAGCAGCAGCAGAGAGACUCCACAGCUCAAGUCCAAACCCGCUUAACCCCGUCAACUAGAUCCUCCCGCCCCCUUUCCGCCAACCAGUCCAUCCCGGCUCGCACGAUGGCUCACCAGAGGAAGAUGUCCGAUGGCAAUGUCCCAGUCCUGGACCUCAGCUCCUCUCCCACUUCUCGCAAGGUGCCACCCAAACCCCCAGCGCCCAAACCCAUCCUGAACCAGCACUACCGGCAACCCCCGACCUCACCCGCCAAGCCCAAACUGGCUCAAACUCCGAAUUCGUCACCGCUACCUAAACCGCAGUCUUCUUUUCUAUACACGCACGCUCAAAAUAUGCAACAGAGGCACUCGUCCUUGUCACAGCAGAGCCCAGACGGAGCAAUACCAGUGGGGCACGACUUGGAGGAAGAGAAAACGGCAUUUGGUAUUUCGUUCAGCAAGCUUUACACUCUCAAGGGUCUAAAGGACAAGAUGAGCAAGCUGCCCACUCAGAGCAGGAGGAGCAGCACCAGUGGUUCAGCGCAGCAAAGGAAAAGCACCGGUUAGGCUUGAGGUGGAUUUGGACUUGAACUUUUUUUUCACUGAAGAGAAGCUAUUAAAUGUUUAAGUAUUAUGCUGUCAUAACAGUUUGAGUUUACUGUAAAAAAUGGAUAUCGACAGAAGUUAAAAUGACUUGAAUUCAAAAUCUUAAUUUGAACAGUUUGUAUUGGUAUGGAUUUAUGGAUUUAGCAUUACAUGUGGCUCAGACUGCACCUGGUCCAGCUGCAGCUCCAUGUGGGACCGGUUUUGUGGUGUGACAGUCACACUAGGACUGGAGCUCUGCUGUUACAGUCUCCCUCUUUGAAGCUGCACACACCAGACGACAUGUUCACGCCAUAGCUAUUCAUUAUUAAGGAAAUAGCUUGUGGUGUUCGGCAAAAAUAGGCUCCCAACAUAAUUCAUCUGGAGUGCCACAGCACCUCUGCCGGCGCUGCUAAACAGCCCGGUGUGCGGUCUGAGCUCCUCUGGUUACUUUUACUACACUGAAUUCUUGUGGCCUUCAGACCGGAGCUGCUCUGUGUGCAGUCUGAGUGUGAGGUUACUGUGUGACUUGUUUACUAACACAUGACUGGUUAAAUAAUUUAAUUUGAAACAACUCAAAUUAUCUGAAAUUUAAAUUACAGUAUGUUUUGAAUAUUGUCAUUUUAUCUAGCUUUUAAGCAGUGCUGAUACCUGUUUUACUUAUUUAGCAUAUGGUGCAUUUUUGAAAAUCAAAAGGUUAUUUAAUUUAUAUUUUUGAGCUUGUGAUUGUGAAUGUGAUUCACAAACAGUAUAAAGUAUACAAUCAAUCAUACUUUUUAAAGCAGGUGGACAGGUUAUAUUUUGUAAAAUAUGUACAUUUUAAAAAAACAAAUGAAAGUGUUUUAAAAUGCUGUUAGGUUUUAGCUUUUUCACAUUGUUUGUGGUGUCUUUGCCACAUAAUAAACUUGUACAAAUAUUAUGGCAUAAUAUUAUUCCACCAUUUUCCCAUGUAGACAUAGAUAUGCUUUGGAUAUGGAUGGUUUAAAGCAAUCUCCAUUAAAAUAAUCUCUUAAUUAGACGUGCUUGACUUCUAAUGCAUGACACUUAUGUUCUUUACACACUGACAGAUGCGGAUUGUGUUCCAUAUAAACACCUUUGACACAAGCAGUGACAGGCCACGUCUGACUCACUGGUAUUUGCAGGUUUAGGUAACAGUGAGAUGGAGGAGAUAAUUAAAAUGCAUCUCACCUUUGCAUAUGGCUGAGCACAUAGCGCACAUUAACACUUCUGCUAUUGUAGAUGUUGUGGCUGCGUCUCAGACGUUAUUGAGUAAAUGUCACUAAGAUUUAAAGAGUAAUAUGUUUAAAUGUCUUUGAAGGUUGCCAUCUUUGUUUAAAGUUAGUUUAGUAGUUACUUUGAUACUCUACUUCUGAUUUAUUUAAAGUAUAAUUUUAUCAGAAUAUAUUUUUACUCAAGUAUCUAUCUUGUACCAAUACUUUGCAUAAUACCCAACCUUUAAGUGUUUUAAAUUCAACUUUUUGGAGCUUUCUACCAUGUUAUAACAUUAUUCCCUCAUCAAAAAGAUGUCUGAAGAGGUUUUAGAUUUCAUCCAUGCAUGUUUCAGUAAUCUAGCAAUCUCUCCUGGGCCCCAUUUAUGGUAAUCUUCCAUAAAUAUACAAAAGCAUCAUACAAAACAUUACACUACAUCAUCACAAACCUGAUACGGGAUGCACACACCAAUUGUGAUAGCAUUCAGAAGGGUGAGAGAAAAGGGAUGUUAAUAUGUUGUUUUUAGUAAAUGUAGAAUUUCCAAAACAAUAAAAGUCAACAAUGGUGACCUAAA